GCGGCUUUUGCUGGAUUUUGGUCAGGAAGAAACCGGCUUCUAUGUGAAGGCUUCAUUUGUGUAACUCUGUCAAAGCUAUGUAUUUAUUUAUUUAGGUAUUUUUUCCGUGCAUGCCUGUGUUGUGAUGAGUGCUGUGUCUGAACAGGAUAAAGGCUGAGCACCAGAGGGUAAGAAGACUUUAGUCCGGAUCCUCUGACAGCAGACGGCUCCUCCUCCCCGCACCUCCCCGCACCUCUCCGCUCCCGUCUGCCACGCACAUUCCGUCCAAAUCUCCAGGCGCGCGCAGGCUGCUGUGCGGGAGCGGGAGCCGGAGCUCAGCUGCGGGCUGUGAUCGAGGACCUCGCUGCUCCCGCCGCUGUCUGCUGCAGACGGAUCCGUGAUGAGAGGGAGGAGAGGCGGCCGCCUUCCGUCUGCGUGGACCGGGGACGCGCGGGACGUCAGCGUCCGCAUCCUUCGCUUCUGAGAUCGAGCCCAGCCCUCCGCGGAGAUGUACUGUGAACUGCAUAUGGUUUUUGCUUCUCCGGCUGAACUGCAGCAGCAGACAGAGACUACCUUUCUUGUCAUUGCACAGCUUUCUCAGACGCGUCUCGUCCGGAGCUAAACUCCUGUCUCGCUCCCGUCUGCCGGUCUCCACCCAUCAGUCUGUUGCCAUGGCCGGUUUUCUCACAUCAGCGUUUCUUCUGGCUCUCCAGACUUAUGCUGCUCCACCUGAGUUUGUUCAGGCAAGCUUUGCAAUGACACAAGAUCCCAUGGACCUCGAUCCUGAACUGCCAUCCAACAUCUCAGAAGAAGUGACCUCGCCCCCUCCCCCAGGAACAAACAAGCAAAUCCCUCAAAGUAUCAUCAUUGGGGUGCGCAAAGGAGGCACGAGGGCACUGUUGGAGAUGCUGGACAUCCACCCUGAUGUUGCUGCUGCCGCCACAGAGGUGCAUUUCUUUGACUGGGAUGAGAACUAUUCCAAGGGCCUAGAGUGGUACAGAGACUUGAUGCCCUACUCGUACCCUCACCAGAUCACCAUAGAGAAAACACCAGGCUACUUUACAUCAGCACUUGCUCCAGAGCGGAUCCAUGCCAUGAACUCAUCCAUUAAACUGCUACUGAUUUUGCGAGACCCGGCUGAGCGGGUCAUCUCCGACUACACCCAGGUGUACUUUAACCGGCUGGAGAACCACAAGCCGGUACAAGCCAUUGAGAACCUGCUAGUGCGCAACGGAGCCCUGAACACCCGAUACAAGGCCAUUCAGAGGAGCAUGUAUGACGUCCACAUGUACAACUGGCUGCGGCACUUCUCUCUGGAACAGAUACACAUCGUGGAUGGGAAUGCACUGAUCCAAGACCCCCUGCCAGAGCUGCAGAAGGUCGAGCGCUUUCUCAACCUGCCUCCAAGGAUAAUAUCCUCCAACUUCUACUUCAACCAGACCAAGGGGUUCUACUGCAUCCGAAGUGACGGGCGAGAGCGCUGUCUGCACGAGUCCAAAGGACGUCCCCACCCCGCCGUCAACAGCACAGUCCUGCAGCAGCUCCGCUCCUACCUGCACGAGCACAACCGAACCUUCUUCAGGCUGGUGAAGCGCACCUUUGACUGGCAAUGACAGGCAGACCGCACACCAGCUUCAGCACAGCUGCUCUGCAGCCAGUAAUGAGGACAGAAACAGGCUUUCAAGCACUUUACUUACAAACUGACAUUACAUCUUACAAUCUCUGGUUUUGAACAGUUCUAUAUUUACACAGUAAGGCAAACAUGAGGAGGAGUUAAGGAGAUUGAAUGGACCUCCAUGCUGAAACCAUUUGCCUGUGAGGGAAGUAUUUAAGUUGUCAAGAUGCAGUGAACUGAAAGCCUCCCCCGCCUAUUGUUUGAUAUUCUUGUUCUUGAUAAUAAAUUGUUCUGUUUUCAAAUGUA